GUUAAGUAGUGGUGUGUGGCAGCUGUGUGUAGGGACGUCGCGCGCACCUCCUGCACUCUUGCUACUCCCUCUUAACAUACUACUAUGGACAAUAACAUUGAUAUUUCUAUCACUUAACAGGUCACUUAAAAGAUUUAAAAAAAAUGAGUACUCCAAGUCUGCCGCUGUCCUCCAUAUUGCGAACCAGACAUGAAGAAGCCGAGGGUGAUGAACCGAAGAAGAAGACACGAGAGGAAUGGAAGAAAGCUAAGGAGCUUGAAGAAGCUCGGAAAGCUGGAACUGUCCCAGCUGCUGUUGAUGAAGAGGGAAAAGACAUCAAUCCUCACAUUCCCCAGUAUAUAGCUACAGCACCCUGGUACUUUGGUUCGGGUGGUCCAACACUUAAACAUCAACGUCCACAACCAGAAAAAGAGCACGAGUUUAAUCAUCUCAAGGAAUAUUAUGUCAGGGGACAAAAAGGGACUACAGCAACACGUUUUCGGAAAGGUGCAUGUGAAAAUUGUGGAGCUUUGGGGCACAAAAAGAAGGACUGUGUGGAAAGGCCUCGAAAAGUUGGUGCUAAAUAUGAUGCCCAUGAUAUUGCACCAGAUGACGUUUUAUUGCCAGAUCUUAAUCUUGACUUUGAUGGAAAGAGAGAUAGAUGGAAUGGAUUUGACCCAUCAGAAUAUACAGCUGUUGUUGAAGAACAUAAAAAAGUUGAAGAUUAUAAGAGACAGAUAAAGGCUAAAAAAUUAAAGGAAGGAGAAGAGAUGAGUGAUGGUGAACCAGAUGAUGAUGAAGAUGAUGAGGACAAAUAUGCUGAAAGUGUCGACAUGCCAGGUACAAAAGUGGACAGUAAGCAGAGGAUUACAGUGCGUAACUUGCGCAUACGUGAAGACACAGCCAAGUAUUUGAGAAAUUUAGACCCUAAUUCAGCUUAUUAUGAUCCAAAGACUCGCUCCAUGAGAGACAACCCUUACAAAGGUACUGGAAGAAAGGAAGAUGAGGUUGACUUCGCUGGUGAGAAUUUUGUAAGGUUUUCAGGUGAUACUGUUAACCAAGCUAAAGCUCAACUCUUUGCCUGGGAUGCUUAUGAAAAAGGUGUAGAUGUCAGCCUACAGGCUGAACCUACAAAGCUUGAAUUGCUUAAAAAGCAGUUUGUUAACAAGAAGGAAGAGUUCAAGAAAAAAGUAUCCGAUGAUCUUUUAGAAAAAUAUGGUGGAAAAGAACAUUUAGAUGCUCCACCAGCAGAACUUUUGUUGUCCCAAACAGAAAAUUAUGUGGAGUACUCCAGACAUGGCAAAAUUAUUAAAGGUGCUGAAAAGCAGACUGUCCGAUCAAAAUAUGAAGAAGAUGUAUAUCCUGGAAAUCACACGAGUGUUUGGGGAAGUUACUGGCGAGAUGGCGUGUGGGGAUAUAACUGCUGCCAUUCUUUUGUAAAAAAUUCAUAUUGCACUGGCGAAGCUGGAAAACAGGCCAAACCCGAGUUAUCAUUACCCAGUGCAUCUACCUCUUCUGUUAACACCAGAUCUCACAAAACUUGUUCUACUGAAGAGGAACUAAAUUCAAAAACUUUACUUGAAAUUCAUAGAGAGAAGAAAAAGAAGAGGAAGAAGCAAAAGAAGCAAAAGAAGAAGGAAAGUAGCAGUAGUAGCAGCAGCAGCAGCAGCAGCAGCAGCAGCAGCGAGUCCAGCAAUGAAUCGGACGAUGAAGAUAAGGCAGUGAAGCGUAAAAAGAAAUUGCGAGAAGCAUUAAUUCGUGCCAAGUUAGAAGAAGAUGCUGUUCAAGAAAUGAUAAAGUUAAAUGAACGUGAGCGAAGUUACAAUUCAAUGUAUAAUGCCAAAGCCCCAACUGAAGAGGAGAUUGAGGCCUAUCAGAUGAGGAGGCCGAGGGAAGAUGAUCCCAUGGCUGCAUUCCUGGGCAAGUGAAUAAAUACCAUAUUAAAUGUUUAAGGAAUAUUGCUGUAUUUAAAAAAAAUUCUGUUUAGGUGUACUAGACAUUGAUUUCAUUUAUGAAAUUAUAGUACAGAUACAUGUAUAAUUUUUACUCGGUAUUGUAAUUACUUAACUGAUGAAUAUAAUUAACUUGGUACCUACUUUUGGUAAUUAUUAACUUUACUGAUGCCUAUUUUAAAUGUAAAUAUGUUGAAAUACAAUAUCUACAGAAACAUUUGUUAUAUUUGUAUUAUAUUACCUGCUAUAGUUAAUUAUGAUAAAACUAAUCUAUUAAAUGUUAUUGUUCUAACUUUACCGUAAUAGAUUCUAUGAAAGAAAGCAUAUUCGACAUGGAGGAAAGGAAUAGAAUGUUAAGUGGAGUUUUGUCAUUCAGCAAUGUGAUCUAGAUUUGAUCAGAUUAACUUCUUUUUCAAACAAUGUUGUUUUGAAGGAAGCACGAAGUUCUGACAAUGCUAACAACUUAGAAACUCAAAAUGGUAGGCAGGAUUGUCCUUAUAGCAAAAAAUUAUCAACAAAUUAUAUUAUCCACUUUAUCAUUUUACUAGAUUUAUGUACUGUGUUUCUUUAAAAAAUUAAUUUGAAUGAAAAUUAUAUAUUUAAUAAAGAUUGAAUAUUUUUAA